CGGUCGACAUACAUCACGGGCGCGUAGCAGCCAUUUCUCCCAGGAUAACCACCACGCGCGUGCGCGCCCAUACAGGUCGGCAUCCAGUCACACAGCCAUGUCCUUACUGGCCUGAGACGGAGAGAGGCCACACUCCAUCCAGAGAGCGAGAGAGGGGAUGAGGGCGCCGCCGCCCUCCCUGCUUCCUCUCCUGCUCGCCACCGCCUUCCUGUCCCCGUCCCCCUCGAUCGCCACCGACAAGUUGGACCAGACCGCGUCCAUCGCCGGCAACCAGACGCUCGAGUCGGCCGGCGGAGUGUUCAGGCUCGGCUUCUUCGUCCCACCCGGCAGCUCCGACGGCAGGGCCUACCUCGGCAUAUGGUACGCCAGCAUCCCGGAGAAGACGGUCGUGUGGGUCGCCAAUCGCCGGAAUCCGGUCGUCAGACCUCCCGGCGUCCUCACUCUCUCUUCCGACGGCCGGCUUGUGAUCCUCGACGGCCGUAACGCCACCGUGUGGUCCUCCGACAACGCUGCCGGCUCGGGCGGCGUAGCCACCCGCGCCACCGCGCAGCUGCUCGACAACGGCGACCUGGUCGUGAGCCACGGCGGGGAAAGUCAAAGUGGAUCGACGACGGGUCGGACCAGCGUGGCGUGGGAGAGUUUCGACUACCCGACGGACACGCUGCUCCCCGGCAUGAAGCUCGGGGUGGACGGCAGGAGCGGCAUCUCCAGGAACAUCACGUCGUGGCGCAGCGCGGCCGACCCCUCGCCGGGGGCCUACACGUUCAAGCUCGUCAGCGGCGGGCUGCCGGAGUUCUUCCUCUUCCGGGGCCUGUCCAAGACGUACGCCAGCGGGCCGUGGAACGGCGCGGAGCUCACCGGCGUGCCCAACCUCAAGUCCAGGGACUUCAUAUUCACGGUCCUGUCCAACCCCGACGAGACCUACUACACCUACUACGUCAGCGACCCGUCGGUGCUGUCGCGCUUCGUCCUCAACGGCACGACGGGGCAGGUGCAGCGCUUCUCGUGGCACCGCGGCGGCGGAGGCGGAGGCGGCUGGAGCGGCUUCUGGCACUUCCCGCUCGACCCGUGCGACAGCUACGCCAGGUGCGGGGCGUUCGGGUACUGCGACGUCGGCCAGUCCCCGCUGUGCAGCUGCCUGCCGGGGUUCCGGCCGCGGUCGCCUCAGCGGUGGAGCCUCGGGGACGGCUCCGGCGGCUGCGUCAGGACGACCAACCUGAGCUGCGGGGCCGGAGACGGGUUCUGGACAGUGAGCCGGAUGAAGCUGCCGGAGGCGACCAGCGCGACGGUGCACGCCGGCGUGACCAUGGACCAGUGCAGGAAGAUGUGCCUCGGCAACUGCAGCUGCAGGGCGUACGCGGCGGCGGACGUCAGCGGGGGCAUCAACCGCGGGUGCGUCAUCUGGGCCGUGGAUCUGAUCGACAUGCGGCAGUACCCGGAGGUCGUGCAGGAUGUGUACAUCCGGCUCGCGCAGUCCGAGGUUGAUGCCUUGACCGCUGCCGCUAACCGGCGAAGCCAUGUCGUGGUUGUGAUCGCCGCCGUGGCGGCUAUCUCCGGCGUGCUUCUUCUGGGGGCCUUUGCCUUUGGCUGUCUUUGUUUCUGGAGAAACAGGGCGGCGCCGGCCGGCAGUCGGGACAACGAGCUUCCAUUAAGGGCCACAAAACUUAAACGCCCACGGGACGAUCAGCGGUUCUCCGAAGAGAACAAGAUGAGCGGCGAGGAAGAUGAUCUUGACCUUCGGGUGUUCGAUCUGGCAGUGAUUCUGGCCGCCACAAACAACUUCGCUGCCGACAGUAAGAUUGGACAAGGUGGAUUUGGCCCUGUCUAUCUGGUAACUAGUAAGAUCAAGCUUGAGGAUGGGCAAGAAGUGGCUGUGAAGAGGCUGUCAAGGAAAUCAGCACAGGGGGUGGAGGAAUUCAAGAACGAGGUGAAGCUCAUAGCCAAGCUCCAGCACAGGAACCUGGUGAGGCUGCUCGGCUGCUGCAUCGACGGCGACGAGAGGAUGCUCGUCUACGAGUUCAUGCACAACAACAGCCUCGACACCUUCAUAUUUGGUGAUGAAGAAAAGCGCAAGUUACUAAGAUGGAAAACGCGCUUCGAGAUCAUCGCAGGAAUCGCACGGGGCCUGCUCUAUCUCCACGAGGAUUCAAGGCUCCGGAUCAUCCACAGGGAUAUGAAGGCAAGCAACGUGUUGUUGGACAGAAACAUGAUCCCCAAAAUCUCGGACUUUGGCAUUGCGAGGAUGUUCGGUGGUGACCAGACAACCGCAUACACCUUGAAAGUCAUUGGGACAUACGGCUACAUGUCACCAGAGUAUGCCAUGGAUGGCGUGUUCUCCAUGAAAUCCGAUAUCUACAGCUUUGGUGUCAUGGUGCUAGAGAUCGUCACCGGCAAGAAGAAUCGAGGCUUUUACGACGUCGAGCUUGAUCUAAACCUCCUCGGUUAUGCGUGGACGUUGUGGAAGGAAGGCAGAAGCACUGAACUACUUGAUGAGGCGAUGAUGGGCAGUAGCUGUGAUCACAGCCAGGUGCGGAGAUGCAUACAGGUUGCUCUCUUGUGUGUUGACAUGCAUCCUAGGAAUAGGCCACUCAUGUCUUCAGUUGUCAUGAUGUUGGUUGCCGAGAAUGCCACGCUGCCAGAGCCAAAUGAGCCUGGAGGAAACAUCAGAAGGAGCACGUCGGACGGAGAAUUGUCCCAAACUCAAAGCGUGAAUGUCGUGGAAGGCUGGUGGAGACUAGAGAUCAGAGGAGGUGGGGUUGGACGAAAUUAUGUCUAAAGAUUUUUCGUGAUUGCAAGAAGUUCUGACUAGUCUAAGGAAAAGGUUCCUAAAGAAAUAGUAACUUUUCGGGACAAAGACCAAGAAGAUACAUUGUACUAUAGCAUCUAUUAUUGACUUCUUGUAAGGUUCAGAAUAAUUAGGAUAUGUGUCCUUGUUAUUCAAGUUGUUCAACACAAAGAAGAAUAUAG